CCCGACCAGACGUCCCUCGCCAGAAACAACCGCCAAGAUGCCUCAAGCCCAGCCCGAACUCAAGAAGUACAUGGAAAAGCGGAUAUUCUGCCAACUGAACGGCAACCGCAAAGUUAUCGGCAUCCUGCGAGGCUACGAUGUGUUUAUGAACAUUGUCCUCGACGAGGCGUUUGAGGAGAAGCAGGGUGGAGAGAAGGUCGCUAUCGGCAUGGUGGUCAUCCGCGGUAACUCGGUCGUGAUGCUGGAGGCUCUGGAACGGAUAAGCGAUAAAUAAACGGCCAAAGGGGUAGAUUUGGUCUUCGUCGUGGGGGUUUUCUUAAUGCAACAUGGAGUUCACGGGUCAGCUUCUUCUGGAACGAUCGAAGGCAAUUUCGAUGUCAUCGCUUAUUUGUUUUACGAAAAUUAAAAUACACAUGCACUUUUUAGAGAUAUUAAGGGCUUUGAUUUGGAAAUUUGAAUUGUU